AUGAACCUAUCAGUUGAAAGAAGCCCGGUGCUCAAGUUCCGACUCCAUAUCAUAAUCGGCGCCUCGGUGUUUAUCGUCUUCAUUCUUAUCAUUGCACGCAUUGCCAACAGUGGCACUCCAAAGACAAGGACUAACAUUUGGGGCAUUGCCGUGUGCCUCAAAUCAGCCGCUUUCAUGGCCUAUCAAAUACUCACAACCCACAUGGAUCGACUUAAACGAUGGGCAAGCACAAAAGCGUACAUGAUAUUGAACAUUAUUGAUACUAUCUUUUGGUUUGCUCUGUUUAUUAUCACGAUCAUGGGGACUACGGGGUCGACUAGCGGGAGUAGUCGGGCGUUGGGUGGUAUCACGGCUACAUUGGUCUUCUUUCUGUGUGGAUUUUCUGGGAUUUUGGCGUUUGUUUCUAUUCGUGACAGGCGUUUCUUCAAAGCUAAUGGGCGUCUUCCUGGGCCUGGGACGGUUAAACCUGUGAUUCAUGCUUCUUGUUGA